UAAUUCAGCACGGCUUAUUACAGCCAAUCAGUAGUCUGCAAUGGCGUCAUCAUCCAUCGCCUCCCUCCUCUCCGCCGCCAAUCUCCCGGCCGUCGCCGGCGCCGCCGCGCACCGAUCCCCGCCCUAUGUCCUCCUGUGGCGCCACGAGCACGGCGCGCGCCGUCAGCAGCAGCCGAUGCGGCGGCUGGUGGUGGCUGCGGCGGUGAAGCGGCGGUACAAGGGGACGACGAAUAAGGAGGCGGCGCUGGCGGAGCUGAUCGAGCGGAAGGUCGCUGAGGCGAUGGAGGCGUGCGAUGGGCAGCGCGGGGAGGAGAGGGACGAGGGGUGCCGGGUGGCCUGGGACGAGGUGGAGGAGUUGAGCCAGGCCAAGGCCGACCUCCGCCGCCGCAUCGCCGAGGCCCCCGACGACCCGCUCGAGCCCUUCUGCGCACACAACCCCACCGCCGAGGACUGCGCCGUCGUCUACGUCGACGACUGACCCGACCGUCCGCCAACUCCAUGAUCCGUCCGUCACCACAGCUCGGUUACGAAUUAUGAUUUGCUUGCUUUACUGCUUGUUGAUCGAGAGGGGGAAAAACAUGCUUCAGCUUUGCAGUUCCAUUAUCAUAGACACGUUAGUAAUGGUACGAUUGGAUGUCACUAGAGUUACUCCAUUAGAGGGUGCAUUAUUUUUUAGGAAAUAGGAAGCUUUAUUAACUCCUAUAAGCGAUACAACUGCACAAGAGUUUACCUCUGACUUUUACAUAUCAAAAUGUACACAGCCAGAGAGUAAGAAUUUGUAACUCACAUGGCAUUUCAGCUGCCCUUGAAGUCUGAAUCUGAUCGGAUGAGCAUUUCCACUUGUUGCCUGAA